AUGACGGUUGAGGAGUUGCAAGAGGCAGAGUGCAUAAUUCUGCGGCAUGUUCAACGAGAAGAAUUCCCUGACGAGAGAUUGCAUGAGAAAUCUGACAAGUCAAUCAGUAAGUUAUGUCCGCAGAAAGAAAACGGACUGAUACGUGUCGGAGGACGGAUCGGGAAGGCACAGGUUGACUACGAGUUGCGACAUCCUAUAAUACUACCCUACAAGAAUCAUGUUACAGACCUGAUUAUUAUGGAUCAUCAUCAGAGUGUUGGACAUAUGGGUCAAGAGUCAGUUUUGUCGUCUCUGAGAAACGAGUAUUGGGUAAUAAAGGGACGAUCUGCAGUUCGUCGAGUGAUUGGCAAGUGUCUUAAGUGUCAGAGAAGAAGAGCAAAGCCAAUGGAGCAAUUCAUGGCAGACCUUCCGGCUAUGCGAGUUGCAGCUGAGGAGCCACCCUUCACUUACGUAGGGGUCGAUUACUUUGGCCCAAUGGAGGUCAAGGUCGGAAGGUCAAAGGUUAAGAGGUAUGGAUGUUUGUUUUCGUGCCUCAGCAUGAGAGCUGUGCAUGUUGAGAUAACGCAUUCAAUGGACACGGACUCCAUGAUUAACGCCCUGCGACGGUUUAUCAGUCUUAGAGGAUAUCCUAAAGAGAUCCAUAGUGAUAAUGGUACAAAUUUUACGAAGGCAGAUAAGGAGCUAAAGCAAGCCCUCGAAGAAUGGGAUCUCGAGAGGAUCAACAGGGUUUGUAUCCAAAGGCGGAUUAAGUGGAGCUUUAUCCCACCUGCGGCAAGCCACAUGGGUGGUGCAUGGGAAAGGAUGGUACAGACUACCAAGCGUGUGUUGAAGUCGCUGUUGAAUGAACAAAUAGUUUCCGAUGAGGUGCUUCUCACGGUAAUGGCGGAGACCGUGAACAUCAUCAAUAGCAGACCACUGACACGUAACAGUGAUGAUAUCGAGGAUGAGAUGCCCCUAACUCCCAACCAUUUGCUUCACUUGAGACCAACGCCUAGUGUGCCACCAGGCGUAUUUGGAAAGGAAGAUAUGUAUUGUAGGCGAGCCUGGAGACAAGCCCAAUAUCUGAGCAACAGAUUUUGGCGUCGGUGGACAAGUGAAUAUCUCCCAACGCUGAUGGAGAGAACGAAGUGGACUACUGUCAGAGAAAACCUCAAGGAAGGUGAUGUAGUUCUUUUGGCUGAUGAGAACUUUCGGAGAGGCGAAUGGCCACUUGCACGUGUGAUGGAAGUCCUACCAAGUAGUGAUGGCCGUGUGCGCAGCGCCAUGGUGAAGACGGUAUCUACUGUCGCGACGCGAGCGAAAAGACGGAGGCGAGGAGAUGUUCAAGUGAGCAGCACUAUACUUACGCGACCGGUGACGCGUCUCUGUAAAUUGGAGAUGGAUAACUAG